UGACUCCGUUAAUUUGGGUAAGUUGGAGGUAUGAACUGGAAAGGAAACGAAGUGCAAGAUGGCCGUCACCUUCGUGGUACUUUUGCGACGUUUAUUUUGAAAAGGUGCCGGUGGUGACGUCAGCGGACAUUGUACACGGAGGUCAUUGUCAAUAUGGCGGCGUCACGGGAUCGAGUCGUUCGUCUGCUGGUGCAACUCGAGCACGCCGCGUGCAGGUGUCCUGCUCACUCUAACACUUUGCAUCAAGCCGUGACGUGCAGCGAGCGUAAAACGGACUACGCCUUCGAGAUGGCCAGUUCCAACAUUCGAUACGGAGAAGGAGUCAGCAGGGAAAUCGGCAUGGACCUCCAGAACUCGGGCGCCCGCAACGUGUGCGUGAUGACCGACAAGAACCUGUGCCGCCUGCCGCCCGUCAAGGCGGUCGUGGAGUCUCUGGCCAAUUGCGGCGUGCCGUUCAAGAUGUACGACAGCGUGCGCGUGGAGCCCACCGACGGCAGCUUCAAAGACGCAAUCGCGUUCGCCAAGAGAGGCGCGUUUGACGCCUUUGUGGCGGUGGGCGGGGGCUCCGUGAUCGACACGUGCAAAGCGGCCAAUCUGUACUCGUGUCACCCCGACGCCCGCUUCCUCGACUUCGUCAACGCUCCCAUCGGAAGAGGGAAACCCGUCACCGGCGCCCUGAAGCCGCUCAUCGCGGGUAAGGGGCCACCGCGCGAUGUCGCCGUGCUGGCAAUGCUAUAUCGUUGCCUUGGCGACCCACCAGACGGCAUUAACUUUGAACCCCCGCCGCCAGUCCCGACGACCGCCGGCACCGGCAGCGAGACGACGGGCGUGGCCAUCUUUGACUACGAGCCUCUGAGGGCCAAAACGGGCAUCGCCAGCCGAGCCCUGCGCCCAACCCUGGGCGUGGUGGACCCCCGGCACACGCUGAGCAUGCCCGCCAGGGUCGCCGCCAACAGCGGCUUCGACGUCCUCUGCCACGCCCUGGAGUCGUACACCGCCCUGCCGUACCACCAGCGCGCUCCCUGCCCCCCCGACCCCGUCAGCAGGCCCGCCUACCAGGGCAGCAACCCCAUCAGCGACGUGUGGGCGCGGCACGCCCUCCGGGUGGUCGCCAAGUACCUGAAACGGGCGGUCGGUGACCCGGAGGACGCGGAAGCUCGCUCCGCCAUGCACCUGGCCAGCGUCUUCGCCGGCAUCGGCUUCGGGAAUGCCGGCGUCCAUCUUUGCCACGGCAUGUCCUAUCCCAUCGCGGGUCACGUCAAGACGCACAAGGCUGACGGCUACAACGUGGAGCAUCCCCUGGUGCCUCACGGACUGUCGGUGGUUCUGACGGCGCCGGCCGUGUUCGGCUUCACGGCGCCCGCGUGUCCGGAGCGCCACCUGGACGCCGCCCAAAUCCUCGGCGCCGACGUCAGCCGCGUGAAGCCGUCGGACGCGGGUGCCGUGCUGGCCGACGCGUUGCGGCGCUUCCUCUUCGAGAUGCGGGUGGAGGACGGGCUCGCCGCCGUCGGAUACCGAAAGGAAGACGUGCCCGCGCUCGUCCGAGGGACCGUCCCGCAGGAGCGAGUGACAAAACUUUCUCCUCGCGAGCACAGCGAGGAAGACUUGACGCGUCUCUUCGAGGCCUCCAUGAAACUCUACUGAUGCUUUGCUGGCCACCGGAGGCAGCGCCGCGGAAUCACCGAGUGCGUUGAACGCGCCGCACGCGUGACAAGAAAUGAACCACGAUGAAUUUUUGCCUUUUACUAAGAAACAUUUGGUACAAAACAAGUUUUUACUUUUUCAUCAAGUGAAAUGAGUCACAAAAGAGGAAUGACAAAUACGAGGGAAUAACUAUCACUAACGUUAAUAUGUCCGUUUGUUCUAGUUGAUGUCGAUGAAUUCAUAAAUAUCUCGUUCCAAAUAUUUCCAUCAGUAAGUGAUGAAAAGUGAUUUUGGUGUGCUCAUUCAAAUGUUCGUUAAAAGAACACAAACAGAAUAACCCGGAAAUAUGUCAAUCAAUAGUUUGUUCUGGUUGAGGUUCAAUAAUCAAUAUAUCAAUAUCUCCAAUUGUUUUCAUUUGUGUGAGUGUGUGUGUAAAGGAUAGUCCUAUUUUUGUGCAUAAGUUAAAAGAUGUGCAGCUUCAUUUGAAAGGAAAGUUUUGAAAGUUAAAAGCGUUGAAAUCGAAUCAAUCAUGUCCGUUGUCCUUUUCACAUUCAAAGGAGAUUAAAAUACAUUCAAGACGA